UUUGUGUGUGUGUGUGUCUUUUUGAAGGCGCCACGUCGGCAGAACCAGCAGGCUGAAAAGAGAGCUGCGUAGCUCAGCCCGCCACCGAGAGACAAGUCCUGGACCCACACGGCUCAUUCUGACCUUAGUUUUUAAUGCGAUAGGAGGAGGAAGAAGAAGAAGAAGAAUAAUAGGAGGAGGAGGAGGAAGAAGAAGAAGAAGAAGAAGAAGAAGGUUGCAGUGACUAAGAGACAAACAUCAGCAUUUCAGAGCACAGUUGUGUUUCGGAGGCUGAAAGCUGUCUCAAGUUUCUCUGCCAGGUGUGUCCGCGGCAGAAGGCUCUGGAAACAAUGGUGAAGAACGUGAACAGCGUCAUCGCGGAGCCGCAGCCGGGGACCAGCAUGGCGCCGGACGAGGCCGAACCCGCCGACAACCAGCCCACCGAGGAUCCCGGUAAGGACCACGUGGUGCCGGCGCCCGGCAUGAUGUGGCGGGUCACCGGCGGCCUCUUCAACGUCACCAAAGGAGUCGUGGGCGCCGCUGUGGGCGGGGUGGCCUGGGUGGGCGGCAAAAGCCUGGAGCUCACCAAGUCGGCCGUGACCACGGUGCCCGCCAUGGGGGUGGGGCUUGUGAAGGGCGGGGUGUCCGCCGUGGCCGGCGGCGUCUCCUCGGUGGGCUCGACGGUCGCCAGCAAAGUCCCGUUCACGUCCAAAAAGAAAGACAAGGCCGAGUGAAGGGGAAGGUCAGGAGGAGGUUUGAUGAUGAUGAUGAUGAUGAUGAUGGACCAACGAGGAGAGGCUGCCAGCUGAUCUCAGUCUGCCAAUCAAACUCCACAGUGCCUUCUAAUGCCUACUCUCGGUCUUCAACAUGCGAUUCUUGCCACCGCUCAGAGAUCUGGACUUUGAUGCAAACACACUACGUUACAGCGCCGAAAGAUUCCGUAGCACCGCGGCAACCAGGGUGCCACCACAUUGCUGACUCACCGAAACGCUUCAGAAAGAGCCGGUUGUCUGACUCUGGGGGCGGGGUUUCUACGUCUGGGAGCGAGCCUCCGGCUCCGGGCGAACAAAACGAACCCGGCUGAAUAUUUCUGUUUACAGUCCGGACUGAGGCUCUCCUCCUCCUUCUUCUCCUCAGUCCUUUCCAAAUACAAAGUAGCCACAUAUUUAGUGACGUGUUUUCAGAUUUAAAGUGCUGUUUUAACCUCGAUGGUAUCGAAGUACUAUUGAAAUGUAUGCGACAAGUAUAGAACGUGUUAAGAGAACCACAGAUGUUUUUUUUUUUUUUAAUGGAUGGAUCUUCAGUCUACUGACCUUCAGACCUUCUGGAUGAGCCCCGGCGCGUUUCUUCACCCAGCGCCCUCGAGGCUCCAUGUCGGAACACUUCUCUGAAAUGUCUGCAGACACAAUCUCAAAUACUGGGCUCAGGUCUUUUCCAUAGCUACGUUGUUGUUGUUGUUGUUUUUUUCUUAUGUGUAAAACAUCAAAAUGCUACGCUGGAGCUUUUAAAAAAAUGUUUACUUUUUGUUUUCUAAAGAUUUCAAAAACAUUCAGCUUCAAUUGAUCCAUGGAUGGUUUUGUCUGAGACGAAAACUUCUCGACGUUGUCUGGACUGUUUGUUUUGGUGAAGGUUGAGCUGUACCUAUUUCUUUUUUUUUUUUUUUUUUUUAAACCGGAAGGUGAACAUUGAGCUGCGGUGCAGAACAACAUUGGUGAACGUUUAUAUGCAAUAUCAGCAUUUCAAUGCAACAUGUGCAGUGAAUAGGAGCUGUUGCUGAUGGAUCGAAACUAUGUGAAAGUGUAAUGUGUUAUUGUUUUCUCGAUAUAUAUAUAUCAAUAAAGUAGUUUUUAAGAU